AUGGUUCAGAACGGAGGUGACUUCGACCUCGACACCGACAUGGCUACCGACGAGUUGGACCAGAGAGACAAGGCUGCUCAAGCUCGAAUCAAGGAACUCGAGAACCGCGAAAAGUACUCGCAGAAGUUGGUUAACGAGGCCUACGCCAAAAUCGAGGCACUCGAGGGCGCCAAAGCGAAGCGCAUCAAGAUCGAACCACCUGGCAAAUAUAGAGGAACUAAGGAGGAUCUCGCAGUCUUCCGAUCUUACGACCGUUUCGAAGAGGAGCUUCGGAAAGUUUUUGGCGACAAAGACGAGAAGAUUCAUACACAAGAAAGACUCGCCAAUCUCCGACAGACCAAGUCAGUAGCCUCCUACGCCGAAAAGGUCAAGGACAAGCUAUACAAGUACGAUCGGCCUGAGACUCUAGACGAAUACAUCGCGCAGGCUAUCAGAAUCGAUAAUCGACUCUACACACGAGAGCAGCAGAAACGAGGUCAAAUAAACGGAACCACGGUUAAGGCCAAUGACAAGAAAAAGCGAGCGUACGUCAGUACCUCGUACGGGACACACCCCGGAGCCAUAGAUGUAGACGCAGCGCAGAAGCAGGACUAG